UCUGUUCUGAACCAAGAGUGGAUGAUGCUGUUGCAGCUGAGCUGCUAAGCACUCUCGGUGGACACUUUCCUGCUGCGCCUUGCCCAUCGGCCAAGACAAAAUGGAAGACUCCUACAAGGAUAGGACUUCACUGAUGAAGGGUGCCAAGGACAUUGCCAAAGAGGUGAAAAAGCAGACAGUGAAGAAGGUGAACCAGGCAGUGGACCGGGCCCAGGAUGAAUACACCCAGCGGUCCUACAGUCGGUUCCAGGAUGAAGAUGAUGAUGAUGACUACUACCCACCUGGAGAAACCUACAGUGGGGAGGCCAAUGAUGAUGAAGGCUCAAGUGAGGCCACUGAGGGUCACGAUGAGGAGGAUGAGAUCUAUGAAGGGGAGUACCAGGGCAUCCCCAGCACUAACCAAGGGAAGGACAGCAUCGUGUCCAUAGGACAGCCCAAAGGAGAUGAGUACAAGGACCGCAGAGAGCUGGAGUCAGAGAGGAGGGCUGAUGAGGAAGAACUGGCCCAGCAGUAUGAGCUGAUAAUCCAAGAGUGUGGGCACGGCCGUUUCCAGUGGGCCCUUUUCUUCGUCCUGGGCAUGGCUCUCAUGGCAGAUGGCGUGGAGGUGUUUGUGGUGGGCUUCGUGUUACCCAGUGCAGAGACAGACCUAUGCAUACCGAAUUCAGGAUCCGGAUGGCUAGGCAGCAUAGUGUACCUCGGGAUGAUGGUGGGGGCGUUCUUCUGGGGAGGACUGGCAGACAAAGUGGGAAGGAAGCAGUCCCUUCUGAUUUGCAUGUCUGUCAACGGAUUCUUUGCCUUCCUUUCUUCAUUUGUCCAAGGUUACGGCUUCUUUCUCCUCUGUCGUUUGCUUUCUGGAUUCGGGAUUGGAGGCGCCAUUCCCACUGUGUUCUCCUACUUUGCUGAAGUCCUGGCUCGGGAGAAGCGGGGUGAGCACCUCAGUUGGCUCUGCAUGUUCUGGAUGAUUGGCGGCAUCUACGCUUCUGCCAUGGCAUGGGCCAUCAUUCCCCACUACGGGUGGAGCUUCAGCAUGGGCUCAGCCUACCAGUUCCACAGCUGGCGUGUCUUCGUCAUCGUCUGUGCGCUCCCGUGCGUCUCCUCUGUGGUGGCCCUCACCUUCAUGCCAGAAAGCCCUCGGUUCUUGCUGGAGGUGGGAAAGCAUGAUGAAGCCUGGAUGAUUCUGAAGCUAAUUCAUGAUACCAACAUGAGAGCCCGGGGCCAGCCGGAGAAGGUCUUCACGGUAAAUAAAAUCAAGACUCCCAAACAGAUAGAUGAGCUGAUUGAAAUUGAGAGCGACACAGGAACAUGGUACAGGAGGUGUUUCGUUCGGAUCCGCACAGAACUGUACGGAAUUUGGUUGACUUUCAUGAAAUGCUUCAACUACCCAGUCAGGGAAAACUCCAUAAAGCUUACGAUCGUUUGGUUCACCCUGUCCUUUGGGUACUAUGGACUGUCUGUUUGGUUCCCUGAUGUCAUUAAACAUCUCCAGUCGGAUGAGUACGCACUGCUAACUAGGAAUGUGCAAAAGGACAAAUACGCAAACUUCAGCAUUAACUUUACCAUGGAGAACCAGAUCCACACUGGGAUGGAAUACGACAACGGCAGAUUCCUUGGAGUCAAGUUCAAAUCAGUAACCUUCAAAGAUUCAGUGUUUAAGUCCUGCACCUUUGACGACGUGACCUCAGUCAACACCUACUUCAAGAACUGCACGUUUAUUGAUACCCUUUUUGAUAACACAGAUUUCGAGCCCUAUAAAUUCAUAGACAGUGAAUUUCAAAACUGUUCAUUUCUUCACAACAAGACGGGAUGCCAGAUUACCUUUGAUGAUGACUAUAGCGCCUACUGGAUUUACUUUGUCAACUUUCUUGGAACAUUGGCAGUGUUACCAGGAAAUAUUGUGUCUGCUCUCCUGAUGGACAGGAUCGGGCGCUUAACAAUGCUAGGAGGCUCCAUGGUGCUCUCAGGGAUCAGCUGCUUCUUCCUGUGGUUUGGCACCAGUGAAUCCAUGAUGAUAGGCAUGCUGUGCUUGUACAAUGGACUGACCAUCUCAGCGUGGAAUUCUCUCGAUGUCGUCACGGUAGAACUGUACCCCACAGACCGGAGAGCAACCGGCUUCGGCUUCUUGAACGCACUCUGUAAAGCAGCGGCAGUCCUGGGAAACUUAAUAUUUGGCUCCCUGGUCAGCAUCACCAAAGCAAUCCCCAUCCUGCUGGCUUCCACCGUGCUCGUGUGUGGAGGACUCGUGGGGCUGCGCCUGCCGGACACACGAACCCAGGUUCUGAUGUGACGUGACAAAAGCCAUUCCUUUCUCCCCACCAUGGGUCCGUCUUAUUGCCUGACUCAAGGCUUCAGAGUUUUUAUGUAUAGAAAGGUGGCCAAGUAUCAGAACACAAACUUUUGCUGUGACGUAACGUGUAGCUGCGAAGUGUCUUACCCCUCCAGUGUGAUUUGCCGGGUUUUUUUCCCCAUGCAUUGUAUGUUAUCUUUUCCUAAUUGUGAUGUUCCUGUUUGCCAGUGCCCCGUGGAAGUGUUCCUAAAAUGUCCCAGUUGACCAGGCUUUCCCAAGGACUAUAUUCACCAAGAAUCUAAAAAGCCUAUAAAAAAAGAAAGAAAGAAAGAAAGAAAGAAAGAAAGAAAGAAAGAAAGAAAAGAGAAAAAGCAAAGCGUAAGAACUAGACCCUGCUUCUGACACUCUAUUAAACAGGCAGCCUAAGUUGGCAUAAUUGAGUUUGUGCUGAGGAAAGGGAUUUCUUUUUCUUUCUUUUUUUUUCCCCUACAGAGUGAUAUUUCCUGUUUACUUAGAAAGAGGCCAUCCAGCCACUCUAGCUGUUACAGCAGGGUGUUCAAGAAAAUUGCAUGACAUCAAACACUUCCGGGCGGGGCUCUUCCAGGCAGGAAAAUUAAAGUGAUUUUGCUAACAAGAAAAAUUUAAAGUCUGCCCCCAAUUGGCAACAAAACCCUACUUGAGCUGCAGAAGUCAGAUUUUGAGAUAGAAAUGGGUAAGAAAUCCACAACCAAAGCCAUUUGGAAGUGCAGAAGGGAGCCUCUCUCAUAACUGUCCCUUGAGGGUCAACACCACCUACCCUCCUUUGACCAACUGCCCACUGUCACUUUUUAGCCCAAAUCUCCAUAGCAGGUCAUGUCCUUCCAGCGUCCCCAGGCUGUAGGCUCCCAGCCUUGUGUCUGGACUGCUUCUGAGCCUGCCUGCUCUCCCAAGCAACCCUCCCAGCAGGCAGGCAGGCAGGCCAGCGUUUCCUGAUGGGUGGAGGUAUCUGUUUUACCUCUGGAAUCUUCAUGAGCAUGGAAGGAGGGGUCAGCAGGACUUUCCCACGGGCCAGCUGUGAGCUCAAUGACCUUCUAGUCUCUUGUCGGGUGCCCCUCCCCCAAGCCCAUCCUUUUACACAUCUUUGAAAUCUGAAGCCUCCUUGUAGAUUUGCAGCCUGUGAUAACAACCAGCAUAAGGCCCGUGUUUAAACAGCAUUCUCUUUUUAACUGCCUCUGUCUUGUUGGAGCGGGGAAUCCUCUUUGCUUACUUUAAGCUUUUCUUGCAUGACCACAGCCCUGGGGCUUCCAGCAAAAGGAAACUUCUGUUUCCACGAGUCAUUAUGUUCAGAGAUGGCCCAGCUCCCUGGAGGCCCCUCUGCCUGGCCUCCCUUCCCUGAUCCCUCCUGGAGCUCAAAUUCUGUGAAAAGCUCUUUGAUUAACAUAAGCCAUUAAUCCACUGUCCCCAUCAAGUCAUGCGGGCUUGGUGGAUGGGGCAGCCUGGAGUUAAGAUGGGAAGCUGCAGAGAGGAAGUGGUUCCCUGCAAAUAAUGUGAGCCAGGACAUCAAGGCUAGGAGAGCAAGAUCUGCAGAGCUGACCAGAGCAAAGAACACCUUAGAAGCAUGAUUGAUUUGAAAGACACCACCAAGGCAGGGCCAGGACAGAACUCACUUCUGUUUCUCAUCCUGGGAAACAAACCUGUAUUUCCAAAGCCUAAGAAGGUUUCUCUAUUCUUUCUCCAUGCAGGCCCAUUUCUCUCUCCUAUUUGCACCAUGAUUGUCUUAUUUUUAAAAAGACAUGUUUGAGGCCCAGAGCAGAUCUUUUGGUUGAACAUGGCAUGCAACAAAAUUGCUGCAAAAGUAAGAUGUGAAUCCCUAUCUCCCCAUUCAAAAGAAAAACAUACAAAUACAAAGGCAUUGCUCUCUCUACGCCAGCAUGGUGUGGUAGUGAUCUUCCUGGGUAGUCUUUACCCUCAAAUUGUCUCUGCUCCCUGUUUUAUAGUCUAGCUACAUAAAGUACAUUCCAAACUGCAAGACAUAGUUAUUCAGAAUUUUAUCUGGACACUGGGUUGGAUCAGCCUGGGGUGAGGACCAUCUACCAUCUGUCCCCUUCAGAAGAACUGUUUCUGUCAGCUACCACAUGCUUCCCAGGUGGUCCAAGAGGAAACUCUUCUACAAUCUCCUAGACAACCAGUGGUCACAAAACCUUCUUGGUCACCAUCUUGCCCACUUCUCACACAUUUCCCUCAGCCUCUUCACUGUGUAUAACCUUCACUCUCCAUGACAGUACCCUUGUUACUUCUCAAAUACAUGCUGUGGCUUGGUCAGGUAUAACUAGAGGUUAAGAUACAACCGUGAGAUUCGACAGAAGCCCCAGUUAUGUGAGUGUCAGGGCCUUGACACCAGGGUAGACAUCUGUUAUCCCAUGCCAUCCAUGUACAGGAAAAGGAAAUUGAAAGCUGCUUCAAAAGUGAAACAGCUCCAUCUGCACCUGCAUUUUGAACUCCUCUUCUAACUAAAAUCCCCACCGUUGCUCUACAGAAUCAGUCCAGAAUGCUCCCAAGUUUUAUUAUCUCUGAGUCUAUAGGACUACCUUUAUCUUAUCUGUCUUCUGCUGAUGGGCAGCCUACCUUACGUAGCUCAACAUACUUGAAAGUAGAGAAUAAGCAAGUCCAUAAGGAGGGCGGGAGUUUGCUUGGGAAGACCUCAUACAAUAGGCUAGAGCAGUUGUCAUGUUGUCUAUGACCACCCCCUGGGAUUUUAAGUGUUUCUCACUUCAGUGCCAUUGCUAUCUACCCAGGGAAUGGACCCCUGAAAGACACACUGCAGUUAGAAGACAAACACUUGGAAGCAGACCACACACAGCUGUAUCUUAGAGUCCCCCAUCCAUCUACUUCACCAUUGCCUUAAAUGGAUCUAGGCCAUCAGGAACAGUGCUUCUCAAUGAUUACACAUAAAUUGAUAGAUGGACCCUCAUUUAGAAAUCUCAUCCAAUCAGAGCUCAAGUUUGCACCAAAAUCACACUUGCAUUCAGAAUAUCUUAGGAGAUCAAGGGGGAAGAAGGGGUGUGACGACCAAGGGGGAGUCCAGUGUUCCAUUGAUAACGUUCCAGCAAUGAGAUUAGUGCACCUGGGAGACAUUCUAAACUCUAGGAUUGUUUCCAGAGCAUUCCAUAGGAACACUUUCUGCCAACCACAAUAGAAUAUGAUAUUCUCCAAUUUGUGUCUACCGUAUAUCAAAAAGGCUUUUCCCUAGUUCUUCAUCAAGAUGCCUUACUUGUUCUGGUACAAAAGGCUCUGAAACCAGGAUGCCUAGAUUUGAUUUGACCUUCACCUGGAACUGUAGACAAUUAACAUAUAGUUUGGGGCCCAGUGGCUACAUAUCAGGUUUCUUUUAAAUCCCAUAUUGUGCCAAACACAGUUACCAACUACCCACGAACCCCCUCCUCCACCCCCACAUAGGCCUUCUGGGACAACAAACAUCCACACAGUGGAGCGCCCUGAAGUGGCCUAUGUGUUUGUUCAUGUUUGCAUUCUGCUGACCAAAGUGUCUAUUUUAGGUAAAAUUUCUCUUGUAAUCUGACAAAAGGAAGUUGUCAGGAUCUCUUAGCCAUAUUGCAUGCUCUUUCCCUGUUUCAGGAAACUGGCAGCUCUCCAUGUACUGGUCUGUCGCUUUCACUCUUGACCAUCCCAUUGUCCUAUUCCCCUGUCAACAGUCUCUUACCAACCACACGCAAGCCAUCAAUCAAUGGGGCUUCCCUACACUUUUCUCAACACCCAGAUGCAGUUUAGUAAGUCCAGCAUUUCCAGCCACAGGGUACACAGCCUAUGUGUCUGUUAGGUCGCUGAUUAAAUCGGUAGAGCUGGGUAGAGGAGAGAGUUGGGUAGAGUACAUAGGUCUCUUCUUUCACAUGCUUUUUGGGCUAAUACCAUCUAAGGCUUGGCCUCCAGUAGGUGCUAGGUGUUGAGGCACUGGACUGUAUGCAGAUAUUUAACCCUUUACAGUGUUUCUUUGAGAACACAGAGCAGGGAAUGACAGAAAAGAUAGUCUCAUAUCUUGUAUUAGGUCUCUAUCAAUAUCUUAUUUUUCCAAGUUUUGAACAAGUUAUAAUCUACAACAAACAGGUAGUACAAGAACUAUGCAUGACUGGGGAUUACUUGAGACAGAAUGAACCGCCUCUAGGUAGUACUAAACAGUACUUAAACACACACACACACACACACACACACAUUCAUGUCUAUGUUUCUUUAAAUGGUCUCAACAGGAAAUUGCACUAAGAUAUUGAUCAAAGAAGAAACGGCAGCAAAGAUAGCCGGUACCUUGCUGGAGAUGUUUGUGUCUCCAGAGCUGUUCUUUACAGGGAGCUAGGCAGUAAGUGUGUCCCCUGUAGGCAUGCUAGAAGCUUUCUUUCCAGGGCCUUAGCAUGCCAGCGGUCAGCCUCUAGUCCAACCCUCCUCAGGGUGUUUCCUUUCUGAUGGUAGAGAUCUGUGGCCCAGUCAUACUGUCUUGCAGACUUUCCCCUUCUCUUGCCUCUGCAGAUAAACCACCCAGAAAACGGGUCCUGACCACAGGAGGCCAGGGAGUUUACUGGUUCCAGUUUGAAAUAGAUUGCAGGGUUGUUCCCAAGUGUUUUGAAGCUGCAAUGGAUCUUUGAGGAUCUAGAUCGUCCAAGGAAGUAGGGCAAAGAGAGAGUAUAGUCUCUGGCACUCGUAAGUACUCUAAGUACCUACUCAGAGCUGAAGGCCAGAUGCUUAAACUACAACCAUUGCCCAUCCUUGGCCUGCCCUACCAUAUCUGCACGGCCCCUAGAGCUAAGAAAAUCAGGAACUAAGAAGAAACAACAGCUUUCAGCCUUUGGUUCAAACUCAGAGAAGUUUCUACACCAAGCCGAAUACCAUCCCUGACAGCAAGAAGAUAGUGCCCCUGAGGAGCUCCCAGGUCCUCUGAGAAAGACUGACCAGCCUGACAUACAGGAUAGUGCCACCUAAAUCCAGCCAUGGCUGGGAACAGGCUCAACCUUGUUCUGAGAGCCAGUGGCUUAAGUUUCAGAAAUUUUAAAAGGCAGUAAAGAAAUGUAGCCGUCAUUACAAUUAAAUCAGUUAUUUUUUUAAAACAAUAUAUAUUCAAAACUCAUCACUUCCUACUUAUUUUCUACAUUUUUUUUCUAUUAGCCAUUCCCUUGAGGAAAGUAAGAUAUGCCUAUUAUAUCUCAAUUUUGGAAGUACUGUAAUAAUGGUGUCCUAUUGGAUGUAUAUUCCCAAUGACAGGGUCAGUGACAUUAUGCUGAGCUCAUCCACAGUGGUAACAGUUACAGCAUGGAAAACGACAAAUGCUACGAGUCAGACUCCUCCUACCCCUAUGUAACUCCAGGCCCUGGUAAACAUUCGCCAACAUAUCACUAUCUGAAGCCAUUUAGUCAUGAAGACUAUUUAGCUCCCCAUAACUGGGCAGUAGCGUGCUUCCCUAGCAUGCAUGGGGCUCUGGGUUUGUUGGGGAAGGAGCUUGGGCCUCCUAAUGUACAGAUCCAGGCCAGGUGGAGUUGAAUGUCCCCUUGGGCUUGUGAGUCAGCAUAUCAUUACUCAGAAGUUCAAGGGAAGGAAAGAUUUAGGAAGUGCUCAUGUCAAUACUCAAAGGCUUCUUUCCACAUUCCUAAUUGGCUCAGACUGGGACCAGCCAUGCAGAGAACCCAUUGGCCUCUGGGUGUUGUUCCUUCAGGGAGAAUUGCAGUAAGUUAGCUAUUACACGUACUUUCCCAAAUGUAGUUUCAUAUUCUCUGCCUGACCCAGGAGUACAUUGAACAGACUAUGUGCUCUUAGUCAGGGUCUAGCCAAAGGAAAGCUCUAGAAGAGGUACACUUCCACUCGGACUAUAACCCCACCCUGCUUUUGGCAACUCGAUCUUAGCAGUGGUCCUGUCCUUGGUUUGGGUGUGUGAGUGUCUUGGCGUUGUAUCCUUUCUCUUUUCUAUAUUCAGUGCUCUGUCUGCUGUCCCACUGUGUGAUCCAGUCCCCCUGUUGUAGUGUAUAUCUGUGCUGCAUGUGUGACCCUCAGUAAUUCCCACGUCAGCUUUCUGGAGUCUCCAUCAAGUUCCACCAACCCUGCUGUGAGUUCAUCUUUCUGGUAUGCUCCUUUGUGUCUCGUUUCUGAUUGCCAAAAUGUUGGGCCAAAUGCAUUUUCACCAAAUGUCCCGAGACGGCCAUGUGUAUCCUUGUGACAGGGCAUGCUCCGUGUGGGAUGGCUCGUGUGCAGUGUAGAUCUAUCACAUGUGGAAGUGUGUAUACAUUUAUAUGCCAGAUACUAUCAUUCAUGUAACAGCUGCAAAGGUAUUUAAUGUACAUCAGAUUAAUAAAAGAGCGUUUUUGCUCCAUUAUAUUCAAAUAAAGAUUGCUAUGUGACUGA